UGUUAGCAAUAUUGAAUCUGAUGCUGUUGAUCUUGACUGGAGCCCUCCUAAUAAGCUAUUGCAAAAUGGUCAAAUACUGAGCUACAGUGUUUCAUGCUCUUUUGUUGGUAAUAAUUCCUUCAAUACAGUGAACACAACAUUGUCUAUCUCUGACCUUGAUCCCUAUACCACUUAUACUUGUAAUGUAUCUGCUAUUAAUGUGGUAGGUGUUGGGCCUGCUACAACAUGCUCCUUUACUACAGCACAAGAUAUACCUUUUGAUGGUCCACAGAAUUUCAUUUCAAUCCCCAAUAAAACAUUUAUAUCUUUUCGUUGGACAGCACCUGAAAUUCCUAAUGGUGUUAUCAUUAUAUAUAAUUUAACUGUUACUAAUCUGGAUACAGCAAGCACUACAGUCUAUAUUAUUAAUGUUACAGAUAGUAAUGAGAUUAUUGAGAGUCUCAUUACUGGUUUCAGUCCAUAUCAGAAUUAUACUGCUAGUGUUAGUGCUAGUACAAUCAUUGGAGCUGGACCAGUGGCUACUACUGCAGGAAGAACACUACCAGAUGUAUCAUCCCCUGUAUUACUGGUGACAAUACCUGUGAUUAUAUCUGGUGUAUAUAUUACAGAGUCAUUGCCAAGCAUUAGUGAUACAGCUGUUAAUUUAACUUGGAGACCUCCACUAUACCCCAAUGGGCGAAUCACUGGUUAUAAUAUCACAAAUGAUAAUAAUGGGAGAUCAUACUGGAUACCUAUUACCAGUGUGGAAUUAGUUUAUUCACGCAUUGUUACUGAAUUAAGCAUUGGUAUGUUGUAUAAUUUCACUAUAAGAGCAUUCAAUGAAUUAGGAGGAGGAGAAUCAGCAAGUGUUUCAGCAUUCAGCAAACCAGAUACUCUUUUACUGUCUCCUCCUGAGAGAGUAGAGGCUACUCUAUCGCAUGAUAAAACCACUAUCACCGUUAGCUGGGAUAGCAAAACAUUUGAUGAAGUUGGUGCAUUCUUUGCUUACAAAGUGACUGCCACAACCACUUCAACUCGAAAAAGACAGUCAGGCAGUCCCAUUGAGAUGAUAGUACCUUACAAUACCACAUCAGUGUCAUUCACUGGAGUUAAUCCUAAUCUUAUGUACCAGAUAACAGCCUCUUAUAUUGCAUAUAGUCAGAAUGGGAGUGAGAUGACUGGCCCUCCUAGUAAUCCUGUGACACCAGUUAAUGCAGUGUCAUCAAGCACCAGCUCUAUGCAGACGGUCCUCAGUACUACUAGUGUUACUAGUUCACCUACCCUUACUCCUACAUUAUUUGAAGACACUAAAAAUAGCCCUUAUAUAAUUGGAGCAGCCAUUGGUGGAUUAUUAGUAAUAUUUAUCAUCUUGAUUAUCAUAGUACUUCUUGGUACAGUUAUACAUAGGAGGAGACACACCACAGGGAAAAUGACCUUAUCUACAACAAAUGACCCAAUAAUCACAUCUAACAAUGAAGCAUUUGAACUUACUGCCCCCGCUCCACCAAGAUAUGAUGAGCUAACAGAUGCAGGAAGAUCAGAGCAUUUAACUGAUGAAGAGAUGAUUGGUGUACUACUGGAAACUGAGGUAUCAAUAAGACAAGCACUUAAUGCCCAACCAGCCCAUUUGAAUGAUAAUACACUUGAUGAGGAUGAAGAGCAAGAGAUAGCAGAAGAACCUGUAUAUGUGAAUAUUGGGGAUCACAAUGAAUUCAAGCCCAUACAUGUCUCAGUAUUUCAUUCUCAUGUACUGGAGAUGCACAGUAAUAGUGACCAGGAAUUUGAUAAUGAAUUCAAGUCUAUUCCUAUGACUUCUGGAGCUGCUUACACUGUCGGUAGCUCAGAGGCUAAUAUUCCAAAGAACAGGUUCCUCAAUAUAUUCCCAUAUGAUGCAACACGAGUGGUUCUUACUACCAAAAGAGACUCUGAUUAUAUUAAUGCUUGCUUUGUUGAUGGAUAUGCAAGAAAAAACUGCUACAUUGCUGCACAAGGUAAUAACCUAUAUAGCUCUUUGCUUUAUUCCUCCAUCUU